GUCUACUACACUCGACACACGCUCGCACGAACACUCGGAGGUUUGGUACCCUCUCUGUACAAAAAUUCACUCACUCUAUACAACGCGCCGAGGCGAGAUGUUACUAACACAACGAGUUAUCAAAUCAACGCCGCUGCGGCGCUGCCUUUCAACCCCACCGCAAAAAUGAGAUUUGGGAUACUGGAGAUUGGUGUUUUGUUAAAAGGAGGAGGAGUUGGCCUGUCACACGGCACGGGUGUUUAAAUGUAAACAAUGGACAACUGUAUGACAAUUCGUCUUAAAGUUAUUGCCGUUCUCUGUAAACCACAGCUGGAAAAACUUCAGGGUUCGUCGGUGGAAACCAUCGAUCAAGUAUUACAAAAUAAUUUAGCACUAGUCAGAACUUUCCAAAAUACUCUUGCAGAUCAAGGAAAUCAUGAUCUACUGAAAGUAUUUGGUAUUGAAAAAUGCCACAUUGGGGAUGUGAAAUGGUCUUACAGCUGCUUAUGCCUAGAAACUAUUCUCGAAGUUGCCAAGGCAAUGGAUUUGGAUGCUGCGAACUGUAAUAAGUCUACCAUUCAUAGCGAUUCUAGUGUACCUUGUCUAUCGGUUCAACAUGAGAUAGACAUUGCAAAAUGCUUUCAACUCAUUGUUGGGUUUGGACUGUUGCCAAAUCUCCUACCUAAUAUAGGAAUACCUAUCCAAAGGAGAUCAAAAUACUAUAAUCUCUUCCACCAAUCGCCACAUCUUACUGAUGAACAGAAAUAUUCAAGACUAACAGUGGUGGUACGAGGAUUAUGUGAAAUUGAAAAGAGCCAAUCUUUUGGUCCUAAAUUUGCCACAAAGCAUUUAGCCGAUUUGCUGACUGCUCUACUCCAAAUCUGUCAUGCUCCAAUCAGCAAACCUACCUCAGAUUCUCAAGUCCUUCUGUGGCAGCGUCUCCAUGAAGAAAGACAAGAAUUUGUUCCUCUCCUGAACUCGGUGAUUGAACGUACGUAUCCGCCCCUGCUGGUGCAAAAUCUGUUGUUAUUACAAGGACCGUCAGCCUCCCACGCCAAAAUCAUUCGGGAUGCGCCGAAACCAGCGCCGAAAUGGCUUAUUCGAGUCUGUGCUCAUCUACUCACUCAGCAAUUGAUGAAACCUAAUGGCCUAGCAAUGACCAUUCAGGGCGUCAUGGAUUUGGCGGAAAUAACUUCGGAAAUGUGGCAGAGAUGCGACUCGCUUGCUUACAUCAUUUCUACACCUCCAAGUAGAGACCCUGAGAAACAGCGAGAAUAUUAUUCCACCAUUGGUCCACAACUAUCGGAAUUAGUCACGAAAUCACACAAGAUACUUCCUGAUGCGCCUUUCAAUCGAAUAGCAUCUGGCUGUUAUCGUGAAAUAGCAGCAAGAUAUCGUCACGUCGCAGAGGACACCGUUUUUGGGCCGCUGUUCCAGCCUCUGGCCUCAGAAGAUCAAGACGUCCUGAUCCGUUCCAUUGAAACCCUUCACUCAAUUUUUGUUGAAGGCACAGAUCCCUCUGGAUUAUUGAUGUUAUUGGUGCCACAUUCGUAUCGUCUUAUGCAACUCUACAGGAUUUGGUGUCAAAGCAUCUUGCAAGUUAAGACAUUGCUGGAAGAGUUAAUAGUUCGUCUGAUUCGCCAUAGUGACAACCCGGAUCGUGUUGGAUUACUCCGGAGCCUGCUUCAAACUCAAAAUAGUGAUGAUGACGAAGCUUUCUUGGACGAAGACGAGAAAAGUGUCAUGGCUCUCAUAUCUAUACUUCAGCGCAUAGAAGAUGUCCAUUUGACUUACUCAGUUUUCGUUUCACUCCUGGAAGAUUUACCGCAAUUGAUGGUUGAUCAACCACCUUCUUCCUCGCUAGCGCCUCAGCAACCCCAUCUACUGCAUUCAGUUCGUAGAGGGCUGGUGACUCUUCGAUUAAUUGGUUUGCUGAGUGAAGAUGAACAGCUACAAAGUUUCUUGCUCAACAAUCCCCAGCAAGCAGUCGAUUUUGCUCAAGUCUUUCUCAAGAGGGCUGCAGAAAACUUGGAUCGUAACCACUUUGAUGUCGAUCUUGAAAAGGAAGGUCUAGCUAUUGUUUUUGCUGUGAUAGCCCUGCAAAUCGACAAUCUUGUUGAAAAAGAGGAUAAAAGUAAAACGUGGUCGUUGUUCGAUCCGCUGGUAGAAUCGCUGGAACAUCUGGUCAAAAAGCAUCCACUAGAGCGGAUUCGAAAUGGAGCAGAUGAACUACGUCUGGCCAUUCAGACUCGAGGUUUUGUUUUUAAUAAAGACUCAACAGCAUCGUCUGAAGCUAGUAGAAGCAGCAGCAAGAGUAGCAAAGGUCAGGCUUUCCAGUCGGCUUGGGAUCAACUUAGCGAUCCACUUUUGCCAGUCCAAGGCCAUGCGAUUCUCACCCUGUCACACUUGCUCAAGAAUAAGGAUGAGCAAGCUUUGAAGAACAGAGAGCGCCUCCUCAAAGUGUUUUUGGAUUCGCUGGAACACGAAGACUCGUACAUUUAUCUGAUGGGAAUUCAGGCUUUAGGAUCGCUGGCUGAUGUUUUUACUGAGCAAGUUGUCCAAGCUCUUGUUAACCAACUGGAGCAGUUCAUCGACACAGAAGAGCCCAAGUUAGUCACCGAUUAUGACGCGUCGAAAAUCGAUACUCCCAGGACACAGCCAGUACGUCGUCCUGCAGAAGUCCGGCUAAAAGUGGGAGAAGCUCUUCUGCAAGUGGUCCGUCUUGUCGGGCCUCUAAUCCCCAAAUAUAAAAGAGUGUUGCUCAAUUCUUUCUUGCGCGGUACCAAAGACGAAGAUGCAUUCGUGCGAGCGUCGUGUUUGCACAAUCUGGGAGAACUGUGUGCGUUGCUUCGCUACUCUUUGGAUUCGGUAGCUUUUGAGGUCUUGAAUUGCGUCACCAAUCUGGUUGCUCGAGAUCCUGCAGUGGAAGUGCGCCGAGCCGCAGUCCUUUUAAUUACCUUACUGCUACGCGGACUAGAUUCUGAAGCGUUACAGGUCUUGGAGCCGAUAAUCAAAGAUCUUUACCGAGUUUUAAAAGAAAUAGUUCUCCGUGAUAAUGAUGAUCGUGUAGUCUUGUUCCACGCAAACCAAGGGCUGGAGAAACUGGCCGAUAUCGUCAAACAGUACCUCACUGCGCCGAAACUUGCAGGGAAAACAAUUCGCGAGUUGAGGCUUCCAUAGCUUCUUCGAAGAAAGGGCUUUUGCUGUUUUUCUGUAUAGCAAAUGCAUUGAUCUGCUUAUAUUUACCUUUGAACGAUGUACAAUGAUCAGCCGCAAUAUGAAGUUUCAUCGGACAAAAUAAACAUCGUAUUUUGCAAAACCA